AUGAAGCUCAAAGAAGCGGCGUGCAAACUCCAGGCUGCCAGGGCAGAGCUAGAGCAAGCACAGGGUAUACAUGUAGCUGAGACACAGCUAGCACAGACUAGAGUGACAGACGUUUCAAAGAUGUUGAAUACUGCUGCGGAUAUGUUGCAUAAAUUGGCAAGUGACAGACCCCAGGCGUGUUUAUCCGAGGGACUGGUUGGGAAGGCAGGUAUAGGAAAAACCACUCUAGCCAAACUGGUGUAUAAUGACAAAAGGAUAGAUGAUCACUUUGAUCUCAAAAUGUGGAUAUGUGUACCUGCGGACCCUGAUAUAAAUAUCUUGAUGCAACGAAUUUAUGGUUUUGCAGCCAAUCAAAAUCCUGAUAACUUAAUAAUAUUGGGGGAUAAGUUGGUAUCCCUCUUGCAAAAAGCAUUGCUUGGAAAGAAAAUUUUGCUUGUUUUAGACAACGUGUUGAAUAUGAAUAAUGACAAUUUUUUAAGGUUAAUGAAAGUACUGGAGGAAGCCGAUGAAUGUAAAAUUUUGGUUACUACCCAUAGUAAUCUAAUUGCAAACGAUAUAGGCGCCAUUGACAGUCAUGUUUUAGGAGGUCUUUCCCAUAAGGAUAGUAUGUCGUUGUUUGUGAAAUAUGCAUUUGGAGAUCCAGCAAAAAAUGAACAUCAAGACCUCAUUAAAAUUGUGGAAAAAGCAAACAGUGAACAUCAAGACCUCAUUAAAAUUGUGGACAAAUGUGAUGGCAUUCCUUUAGUAGUGAAAAUUUUAGGAACACUAUGUCAGAACACAGAUCCUGGUAAUUGGUUGCUAAUUGAACAUAAUGACUUCUGGAGGGAAAUCCAAGAGAGAAAUAACAUCAUACCCAUGUUGAAAUUAAGCUAUACGAGUUUGCCAUCUCGUUUGCAAAUUUGCUUGAAGCAUUGUUCCUUAUUUCCAAAGGGUUUUUGUUUUAACAGUCAUUAUCUGAUCCAUUAUUGGAUUGCGCAAGAUUUUCUUCAAUUUGGUGAUAAUAACAAAGAGUUGGAAGAUAUCGGGGAGGCAUAUUUGAAUGAAUUAUUUCUUACGAAUUUCUUUCAAGAUGUGGCAAAUCAUGGUUAUUAUUUUACUUUUAAAUUGCAUGAUUUCAUCUAUGAUUUUGUGCUACAAGAGGCACAAAAUGAUUGCCAUACAGGCUCAACAUUUGUCAUUUCAUGGUAUUGA